AUGACAAAGUCGGCAAAAAAGAAGCCAGUCACCGAGAAGACGGAAGCGGUCGCCAGCAUCAAGCCCGUCGAGAAGAAGCAGAAAACGAAGAAGAACAAGCUUCCCGAGGCCGAUCCGGAUGCCCCGACGAAGGCCCUGCUCCACCCCGACGUGCUGGCCGUUUUUGAAGAAAAGUACAAGCGAUUCACCAACGUUCAGUUUACUCUGAAACUUACGGGUUUUUACUUUGCGCGAAUAAUG